AUUUCCAUAUGAUUCAAUUCAGACGUGUGAACAUUGUUGUCCUUGUCCCAACAACAACCGAUGUUACCACUACCAUACUUAAACCACCACACCACACCUGUUUCACAUUUCAUAUCCUUAUUUAUUCUUUAUAUAUAGUACACUACCUAAUUGGUGCCACCAUUUCAAUCAAAUUUUAUUACCUAAAUUAAAUUUAAUUUAAUUCCCCUCUUCCUAACAUUCUCCUAACAUUAUCAAAAUGUCACCAUCUUCUCCUCCACAACAACAAUUCAUAUUCCGUUCUAAACUCCCAGACAUUGAAAUUCCAACUCAUCUUCCAUUACACUCUUACUGUUUCCAAAACCUCUCUCAAUUCCAUAACCGUCCAUGCCUCAUCAACGGCGACACCGGCGAAGUUCUCACUUACUCCGACGUCCAUCUCACCGUCCGCAAAAUUGCCGCCGGAUUAAACACGAUCGGAAUCAAUCAAGGUGAUGUCAUCAUGCUCGUCCUCCGUAACUCUCCUCAAUUCGCACUCACCUUUCUCGGCGCAUCCUUCCGCGGCGCCGUCAUCACCACCGCAAAUCCUUUCUACACCUCAUCGGAACUAUCAAAACAAGCCACAGCAACAAAAACUAAACUCAUCGUAACUCAAUCCGCAUAUCUCAAUAAAAUCAACGAUUUCGCAAAAUUCAAUAACAUCAAAAUCGUCUGCAUAGAUUCAGAUUCAUCAUCGCCGUUACCGUCAUCGGAAGAAGUUGUGGAUUUCUCAGUUUUAACAAAUGCUGAUGAAAACGAUGCACCGGAAGUUAAACUAACGCCUAACGACAUCGUUGCGUUACCGUUUUCUUCAGGAACUUCAGGACUUCCUAAAGGUGUUAUGUUAACACAUGAAAAUUUAGUUACAACUAUAUCACAGUUAGUUGACGGUGAAAAUCCACACCAAUAUACUAACGGUGAGGAUGUGUUACUCUGUGUGUUACCUAUGUUUCAUAUCUAUGCACUCAAUUCAAUUUUACUGUGUGGAAUUCGUUGCGGUGCUGCGGUUUUAAUUUUGGAAAAAUUUGAGAUUAAAACGUUAUUGGAACUUAUUGAAAAGUAUAAAGUAACGGUUGCGUCAUUUGUGCCACCAAUUGUGUUGGCGUUGGUAAAAAGUGGUGAAUCGAAUAAAUAUGAUUUGUCGUCUAUUAGAGCAAUGAUUACUGGCGCAGCACCUAUGGGAAUGGAACUUGAAGAAGCUGUGAAGGAUAGAUUGCCACAGACCGUACUUGGUCAGGGAUAUGGCAUGACAGAGGCAGGGCCACUUUCAAUUAGCCUUGCAUUUGCAAAGGAACCAUUCAAGACAAAACCAGGUGCAUGUGGCACCGUCGUAAGAAACGCUGAGAUGAAAAUCGUUGAUACAGAGACUGGUGCUUCUCUUCCCAGAAACAAAGCUGGUGAAAUUUGCAUUAGAGGCACAAAGGUUAUGAAAGGAUACCUAAAUGAUCCCGAGGCGACAAAGAGAACUAUAGACAAAGAGGGAUGGCUACACACAGGUGACAUUGGUUUAAUUGACGACGAUGAUGAAGUCUUCAUUGUUGAUCGAUUAAAGGAAUUGAUCAAAUACAAAGGAUACCAAGUAGCUCCUGCUGAGCUCGAAGCGUUGUUGAUUUCCCACCCAAACAUUUCUGAUGCUGCUGUGGUACCAUUGAAAGAUGAUGUUGCUGGAGAAUUACCGGUUGCAUUUGUUGUAAGAUCAAACGGUUCAAAGAUCAGUGAGGAUGAAAUCAAGCAAUACAUUUCACAACAGGUUGUAUUUUACAAGAGAAUAAACAGAGUUUACUUCAUAGACACUAUUCCUAAAGCGGCCUCUGGCAAAAUUCUGCGAAAGCAAUUAACCGCAAGACUUAACGAAGGUUUGGUGGUGGCAACUUAAUCAUCUUCGCUUGUGUGACAAAGACGAAUGAAUUACACCAUCUGCAUAUGCAAAUGCAGCAUCAUGAAUGGAUGGAUACAAAAUAUUCUUAAACAAUACAAGUAUUGUGUUGUGUGUUCUGUCACUUCUGUGCAAUAUCUGUUUGUAUGUGUGCAAAUUCUUUCUCUGCAAUGCGGCUUCUGCUGCGCAUAUUGGAUCACCAAUGCGCGCUGCUUGUUUCUGUGAUUAAAAAAAAUAAUGUUGCCGUGUUAAUCCUACUAGGUAGGUCUAUUCCUCCCCUUCUAUUUUGGGGAUUAUUCACUACUUAUUGAUAGAACAUGUUGCAUGUUUAAGACAGUCUUUUUCUUUCUCUAUAAGAAAAAAAUUCAGGUACUGUAUUAAGUCUUUUGUCAACUAUGUAACAUUUCAUUUUUGAUGCAAAAAUGCUACAGAUCAUUAAAUCAA